CUUUCAUGCGCUCCAGAUUGACGCGACAUUUGCGUAUUUGAACGCGCUCCUGAUAAUCGAAUUCGCCUUGUGCUAUGAUAUACGGAUGCCGAGGGAAAAUAUUAAGUGGAAAAAAUUUAGCAUUUGCACAAACUUACGUGUUCUAUUGAGACAUUUGCGCUAGAAAUUCAGACUGCAGAUAUGAGUGAUGUACAAACAUUAAUGGACAUGGGUUUUCCCAGAGAUAGAGUAGAAUAUGCAUUAAGUGUGACUAGCCAUAAAGGCGUCGAGAUAGCCAUGGAGUGGCUCUUGGCCCACGGCGAUGAAGAGAUACCAACUGCAGCCGCCGACCCAGCUGCAACCGAAGACUCUGCGCCGAGCAGCAGCGGCGCCGCCGACGUCUCGGGCGGAGCGGCCGUUGCCAAAUCUUUGAAAUGCGACGACUGCGGCAAGGUGCUGAAGGAUCAAACAGAGGUCGAGUACCAUGCAGCCAAGACGGGUCACAGCAACUUUUCUGAGUCCACUGAGGAGAAGAAGGCGCUGACCGAGGACGAAAAGAAGGCACAGCUGGCGCUGAUCGAGGAGAAGCUCAAGCAGAAGCGCGUCGAGCGUGAGGAGCGCGAAAAGGCCGAUGCCUUGGAACGUGAACGCAAUCGCAUACGCUCCGGCAAGGACAUGACAGAGGCGCGCCGUCGCAUGGAGGAAAUCGAAAUGAAAAAGAUCGUUGAUCAGCGCAAACGCGAAAAGGAGGAGGAGAAGGCGGCACGUGAUCGUGUGCGCGCACAGAUCGAGGCCGACAAGGCGGCACGCAAAGCCAGGGCAGAGCAGAGCAGCCCCGGCAAGCCGUCGGACGCUGUGCCCUCGGUCAGUUCGACUACCACGGCCACCACGCCGACGGGCGUCAAGUCGCCGCCACGCGAUUAUACCGAGACGCGCAUACAGGUGCGACUGCAGGAUGGCUCAACACUGGCUUCCGAGUUCAAUGUGAAGGAACCGCUGUCGGCGGUGCGCGUCUUUAUACAGGUGAAGACCGGCAUUGAGACGCCGUUCGCAUUGAUGACCACAUUUCCGCGCAAGAUCUUUGCCGACGAUGACUACGAGAAGCCGCUGGAGGUGCUGGGCCUGGUGCCCUCGGCUGUCAUAACCAUGACCAAGCCGGCUGCGUAGAUUCUCUCAAAAUCGAAACUCAAACACAACUAACAAACAUUUAAAGCUAUAAAUAAAUACAUAUGUAAUGAA